UCCACAGGCAGCAUGGCCAAGCGCUUCCAGAGCAUCAAUGCAGAGAACAUGGAGGAGAACAGACGGCUUUACCGCCAGCUCCUCUUCACCGCCGACGACCGGGUCAACCCCUGCAUCGGCGGCGUCAUCUUCUUCCACGAGACGCUCUACCAGAAGACGGACGACGGCAAGCCCUUCCCCCAGCUGGUCAAAGAGAAGGGCGCGGUGGUGGGCAUCAAGGUGGACAAGGGUGUGGUUCCCCUCGCCGGCACCAACGGAGAGACCACCACUCAAGGUCUGGAUGGACUCUAUGAGCGCUGUGCACAGUACAAGAAGGACGGUGCUGACUUUGCCAAGUGGCGCUGUGUGUUAAAGAUCACUUCCACCACCCCGUCCGAGCUGGCCAUCAUGGAGAACGCCAACGUCCUGGCCCGCUACGCCAGCAUCUGCCAGAUGCAUGGCAUCGUGCCCAUUGUGGAGCCUGAGAUUCUCCCAGACGGUGACCACGACCUGCAGCGCUGCCAGUAUGUGACUGAGAAGGUGUUGGCAGCUGUCUACAAGGCACUGUCCAACCACCAUGUCUAUCUGGAGGGCACGCUGCUCAAACCCAACAUGGUGACUGCUGGACACUCCUGCCCCAGAAAGUACAGCCCUCAAGAGAUUGCCAUGGCAACUGUCACUGCCCUGCGUCGCACUGUCCCCCCGGCUGUGCCAGGUGUGACCUUUCUGUCUGGUGGCCAGAGUGAGGAGGAGGCCACCAUCAAUCUGAACGCAAUCAACCAGUGUCCCCUGCACCGGCCCUGGGCCCUCACCUUCUCCUACGGCCGGGCCCUGCAGGCCUCAGCACUGAAGGCCUGGGGAGGCAAGAAGGAGAACGGCAAGGCCUGCCAGGAGGAGUACAUCAAGAGAGCUCUGAAUAACAGCCAGGCAGCUCUGGGGAAGUAUGUGUCCUCUGGAGACAAGGGAGCAGCAGCUCAGGAGUCUCUGUUUGUGGCUGACCAUGCCUACUGAAGUCAGCAGAGGUUCAUCCACAUUCCACCGUCACUCCACUCCUUCCUAUCACAACCAGGAGGCUCCACUCUCACGCACAGUCACACAUACUAAACAACCAUUCAACGUUAUUCCAUUAGUGAUGAGAGCCUAAUACUUCCCUGGAUAGAAAAACAUUCUGAUUUGACAAAGAUGAACACAGUACCUAUAAGCCCAUUCUGUCUGUUUGAGUUUUACUUUGGACUUGUAAAGUCGGUGUUACUGUAUUGCUUCACUCGGUGUGUUGUCACUUUAUUUUGUGUUUGAGCACUUAAACCCCAGAAAAAGAGAAGAGUUCCUCUACAGUGUUGUCCUCCUUUUGUAGCUUCAUCUGCGUGCCUUCAAUUCUCAACUGAACCAACUGUCGAAGGGAGACCCUGUAGAGGAUUGUUCUAAUGCACAUGCAGUAUUAGGGUGUUAACACUGGAAAGGUUCAAAUUAAAAGAUUCCAAAAUAA